AUGGCUGCACAGGCUGCAGACACUCGCAGGGACAAGGGGAAGGGCAAGGCGAACGGGCGGGUGCAGAAGAAGCUCGGUGACAGAAGCGACCUCGACGACCUCCAGCGGCGGGUCGACACCUUUGACGCAAGCGACGCGCAGGAGUUUGGCGACCUCCCCCUUUCCCGCCAGACACUCGCCGGACUCAAGUCGGCGUACUACACCCGCAUGACCGAUAUCCAGCAGCGUGCUCUACCUCUUGCUCUCAAGGGAAAGGACGUGCUCGGCGCGGCGCGGACAGGGUCGGGCAAGACGCUCGCGUUUCUCAUCCCUGUCCUCGAGGUCUUGUUACGGAAGCGGUGGGGACAGCAGGACGGACUCGGCGCGCUUGUCAUUUCUCCUACACGCGAACUGGCUGUCCAAAUCUUCGAAGUCCUCCGCAAGAUAGGCCACCAGCACAACUUCUCUGCCGGCCUCGUCAUCGGCGGAAAGAACCUGAAGCACGAGCAGGAGCGGUUGUCGCGCAUGAAUAUCCUCAUUGCGACGCCCGGACGGCUCUUGCAGCACAUGGAUCAGACGCUCGGGUUCGAUUGUGACCACUUGCAGCUCCUUGUCCUCGACGAAGCCGACCGUAUCCUCGACAUGGGUUUCUCCGCCACGCUCAACGCCAUCGUCGCGAACCUGCCCAAAUCCCGACAGACCCUUCUCUUCUCCGCGACGCAAACCAAGUCCGUCAAAGACCUCGCCCGACUCUCGCUCAAAGAACCGGAAUACGUUGCGGUGCGGGAAACGGGUGGAGGGAAAGGGAAGGAGAAGGCGGAGGAUGGGGAGGGCGAGGGAGAGGAGGAGCAAGUUGAGGAGGUGCCGAAGAACCUCGAGCAGCAUUACAUGGUUGUCGAGCUGCCGCAGAAGCUGGACAUGCUGUGGAGCUUCAUCAAGACGCAUCUUUACACGAAGACGAUCGUCUUCCUCUCGAGUACCAAGCAGGUCCGCUUCGUCUACGAGAACUUUCGACACAUGCGACCGGGUGUCCCGCUCAUGCACAUGCACGGCAAGCAAAAGCAGAUGCAGCGACUCGAGAUCUACCAGCGCUUCCUCACCUCGAAGCACGCGAUCCUCUUCGCUACGGACGUCGCCGCACGCGGUCUCGACUUUCCGGCAAUCGACUGGGUCGUCCAGGUCGACGCACCCGAGGACGUCGAGACGUACAUCCAUCGUGUUGGGCGGACGGCGCGCUAUCAGGCCAAGGGUCGCGCGUUGCUGUUCCUGUUGCCGAGCGAGGAGGAGGGCAUGUUGAGGCGCUUCGAGGCGAAGAAGAUCGAGGUCAACAAGAUCAAGGCCAACGACAAGAAGAAGCAGAGUAUUCGGUCUCAGCUGCAGAACGCGGCGUUCCAGUAUCCUGAGAUCAAGUUCCUGGCGCAGCGGGCCUUUAUCUCCUACGUCCGCUCCGUCCACCUCCAGAAAGACAAGUCCAUCUUCAAGCUCGACGCGCUCCCGCUCGAAGAAUACGCCGCGUCGCUCGGACUGGCCGGUGCGCCAAAGAUCAGGUUCCAGACGAAACAGGAGGCGAGCGAGAAGAAGAACAAGGUCCGACAGGUGGAGGACUUGAAGAGGGAGAUUUUGGAGAAGAAGGGCGGGGAGGAGAGCGAGGAGGAGGAGGAGAGCGAGGGAGGGGAGGACGAAUCGGGCAGUGAGAGCGAAGAGGAGGGAUCGGCGCACGAGAGCGCCAGUGAUGCGGAAGACGACGACAAGGCAUCGAAGGGCGGCGUCAAGACCAAGUACGACCGCAUGUUCGCCCGCAAGUCGCAAACCGUCCUCUCCGACCACUACAACAAAGUCAUCGACCGCGACGAAGACAAUGACGCGCUCGUCGGCGGUGCCGAGGACGAUGGCGACGACGACUUCAUCACGAUCAAGCGGCGCGAUCACGAGCUGAACGAGUCCGAGCUGCCUGCUUCGAGCUUCCUCUCGAAGCGCAAGCUCAAGCAGGGUAUGUCGAAGAAGGCCAUGCUCAAGACCAAAGGCAACUCGACCAAGCUCGUGUUCGACGACGAGGGCGGCGCGCACGAGGUCUACGAACUCGGAGAUGAGGAGGACUUUGCCAAGCUCGGCAAGGCGGAGGACUUGCAGAAGGAGUUUGUGGCGAAGGAGGGCGCCGAAUUGGCCAGGCAGGACGUGCUCGACAAGCAGCGUCAGAAGGAGAAGCGGCAGGAGAAGAAGCGCAAGCGGCGCGACAUGGAGCGUGGCGGUACCUCUUAUGGCGACGAUGGCGCCGAGUUCGAGCCAGCCGGCGAGAUCAUCCACCCCGACUUUUCCGACAUCGACUUCUCCGACGGAGGCGACGAUCUCGACGAGCCAGCGGAGCGACCUGCCCGCGCACCCGUUACAAAGAAGCAGCGGAGAGCGAGGUUCGAGGAGGAGGACGAGGAGCCCGAGGUGAAGAAGCCGAAGGUCGACUUGGAGGCUUUGGCGCUGCAGGCGCUGUCGAGGCGGUGA